AACAGAGUAUACAGAGGGAAUAUACACACUUGACUCCUAGACUCCAAGUCCUAAGAGAAGCCGGAAAACGAUGAUAUAACCAAGACUCUCAACUCCAAGCUGCUAUUUUGGAAGUAGCAAGCAUCCACUGGAGAAGCAUGGAAGCGGCAGGCGGUAGAGACAAGGGCUCGCCCCCGCCGAAGCCGUCCAAGUUCGCCGUGUAUCAGAACCCAGUUCUGUCCGCUGCAUUGACGGCCCACAGCCUGCGGCCCUCCAAAUCAACUCUCUUCUGCAUCUUCUUUCUCUCCUCUUCUUCUGCAUUAGCUUUCAUCUCCACAACCUCCAGGGAAAAUGGUUUCAUUGACAACCUGAAAUUUGGAAAACUAUCUGAAGAGGCAGCUUAUAUUUUUGCCAAGAUGAUACAGACAGUCUUGGGUAUGGUUUUCAUUGGAACUAUGUUUGCAUUAUUUAAGGCCAUAUCUCUACAUAAGUCUAAGGAUGUCCCAGCUACAUCAGGCUCUAAAGGAACUAAGGACCAACCGUGUCUAACAAACAGACAGCUAGGGCUAUUGGGAAUAAAACCAAAGGUUGAGCCAAUUGCAUCUGAAUCUUCAAAGAAACCACCCAAGUCCAGACCCCCAUUGACAUCAUCUCCCACAGAUGUCCUUGUUCCACUUCACCAGCCCAUUACAUCAAAUCGAAAGUCCCAAGUCAGCUCUGAUAAAUCAAAUAUCAAUGCUGGGAUUAAGAAAAAUUCCUUUGGCACCCCUUCCAAAUCUCAGGGUUCUCCAUCUUCAUUAUAUCUUGUACCUGCAGCGAGCUCACCACUAUCUUCCAUUCAAACUUCACCAGGGCAGGAGCCAGUAGUAAAAACUCCUUGGUCAAAUAAGAGAGCCUCUCUUAAAGAAAUAACAACAGAAGAACAACUCGAAAAGUUUCUUGCAGAAGUAGAUGAGAAAAUCAUUGAAUCUGCUGGAAAAAUGUCAACUCCACCACCUACCAUUAGUGGUUUUGGAAUAUCAAGUCCCAACACUGUUGCUAGUUCAGCUAAUACAUCUGCAACCACAAGGAGUACACCACUUAGGCCAGUAAGGAUGUCUCCUAGUUCCCAGAAAUUUAGCACUCCCCCAAAAAAGGGAGAGGGUGAGCUUCCUCCUCCCAUGUCAAUGGAAGAGUCUAUUGAAGCUUUUGAACACUUCGGCAUCUAUCCUCAAAUUGAACAGUGGCGGGACAGCUUAAGGCAGUGGUUUUCUUCAGUUCUGCUGAAUCCUCUUCUUAACAAGAUUGAAACCAGUCACGUGCAGGUAAUGCAAGCAGCUGCAAAGCUUGGUAUUUCAAUAACAAUUAGUCAAGUAGGAAGUGACGCACCAACUGGUGAAACUCCAGCUACUGUAGCCCCUACUGGUAGGAUGAAAGAAUGGCAACCAACUUUGACCCUUGAUGAAGAUGGGCUGCUUCACCAAUUGCGUGCUACUCUUGUGCAGGCUCUUGAUGCUUCCAUGUCAAAGAUAUCUUUAGCCAAUCCACAACAAUCCCCACAGCAGAAUCCUUUAGUCCCUGUUAUGCAGGAGUGUGUGGAUGUCAUCACUGAACAUCAGAAGCUUCAUGCUUUGAUGAAAGGAGAGUGGAUGAAAGGUUUGCUACCACAGAGCAGUGUUAGGGCAGAUUAUACGGUACAAAGGAUUCGAGAGCUUGCUGAAGGCACUUGCGUGAAGAAUUAUGAGUAUCUUGGAAGUGGAGAGGUUUAUGACAAAAAGAACAAGAAGUGGACCCUGGAGCUUCCAACUGAUUCUCACUUACUCUUGUAUCUGUUCUGUGCUUUCCUAGAGCACCCAAAGUGGAUGCUACAUGUUGAUCCUACUUCUUACGGUGGAGCUCAGUCUAGCAAAAACCCUUUAUUCUUGGGGCUUCUACCACCAAAAGAGAGGUUUCCAGAGAAGUACAUUGCUGUCAUAUCUGGUGUUCCCGCAAUUCUUCAUCCAGGAGCUAGUGUACUGGUUGUUGGAAGACAGAGCCCUCCAAUAUUUGCCGUGUACUGGGACAAGAAGCUGCAAUUCUCUCUUCAGGGAAGAACAGCACUCUGGGAUUCUAUCUUGCUUUUGUGCCACAGGAUUAAGGUCGGAUAUGGAGGCAUAAUUCGGGGCAUGCAUAUUGGUUCUUCAGCCUUGAGCAUUCUCGCGGUGCUUGAUCCAGAAAAUGACGACUGACUUCUUAUUUGCCGGCACACUUUAUAUUUAUUUGUUUAUGUCGUACUUACUGCAACAAUGAGCAAGCAAUGAGGAGAAUGUCUUGCUGGCCACUGCCAGUUUGAAACUUGUUUGAUCUAAGGGAGUCCGUUCAAAACCCUUUUUUCAAGCACCCUUAUAAGAGAUCACAUUUUUGGGAACGCUGAUGACUUAACCACGUUUAUCUAACAGCUAUAAUGGUUUGCAGAAUAUUCUAGUGAAAGAAUAUUGGACAAAAACAGAGGUAGUAUGUAUGAUAUCUCACUAAACCAUUCGAAAGGAAGAUGUGUUUGCAGUGUAAUUUCAUUCUGAGCAUUAAGACUCCUUUCGCUAUCCUUGCGUUCAUAACUGGACUAAACUGGAGAAAAGUUCAAAUUUAUGGACUGAAUUGAAUAAUCUCACGCAGCAAGG